CCCAACUCUACAAAUUCCAGCGAAGUUUAAAUUGCAAAGACAAUGAACAAACGAGGAGGGACACCAAUUAAGCUAAUUGUAAUUGCCGCUUCUUUACUAGGUUGUGUUUAUUUCUUAUAUUUAUACAAUUCUACCCAAGGCCGAUUACGGGAAGCCGAAGCAUCUGCAGAAAGAUACCGACGGUCUGAUGAAUCUAAGGUUGCUCAGUUGCAAGUUUUGUCGGAGCAGAAGUCUCGGGUUGAGACAUCAUUAAAAGAUUCCAUGAAAGAAAAAGAACUUUUACAAGAAAAGUGUGAAAAUGACAGACAAGAGUUCGCAACAGAUCUGAUUAUUUGA